AUGUCCUCCGAAGCCCAACCCAUCUCCCCAAGUGCCUUCGCCGAAGCCAUCCAGGAGCUCCCUCUCUCCUCCCUGUACGCCAAAGUCUCCGAACUCCGCAACUCCAUAUCACACCUCACGCGCUCCAAUGAACAGCUGCGAACAUACAUAAUCGAGUCCGACGAAGGGCCCGAUUCGCCAGACAACAAGGAGUUGGAGACAUAUGUGCUUGAGAACGAGGAGGUUAUGCAGGCCAUGGCGGAGAGGAUAAGAUUACUCAAGGCUGAGGUGGAAGGGAGAGGGCAGCGGUGGAUGGAGGAGGUUUUGGAGGAUGGUGAGGAGGAGGGGGAAUAUUUUGAUGGGGAGAUAAUAGAGAGCGAGAAUCCGCCGCUGGUCAAUGGAGUACAGUCGCAUGAAACGAAUGGUGAUACAAAUGGACAUGUUGUGCCACGCGUUAAUGGGCUGACGAAUCCGUCGAACCCGCAAAAUGGCGACCAAGAGCGGCGGAAUGAGGACGACGACGAUGAAGGUAUUUACUUGUAA